AUGCAGAGUCGCGCCGUGGACAAGCGGGUCCAGCUGCAGGUGAAGGAGGGCGAGCCCGUGGGCACUCUGGUCGGCCGCAUACCCGUGAUGCCGGGCUUCAGCUAUCGCUUCAACGAGCAGCCGCGCGAGUUCGGCCUCGACCCGCUGAGCGGCGACAUUCGCACGGCGGUGGUGCUGGAUCGCGAGGCACUGGCCGCGGAUCGCUUCGACCUCGUGGUGCUGUCCUCGCAGCCGACCUAUCCGAUCGAGGUGCGCAUCCUCGUGCUCGACGUCAACGACAACGCGCCCGAGUUCCCCGAGCCGAGCAUCGUCGUGCGCUUCAGCGAGUCGUCCGUGGUCGGCACCAAGAGCCUGCUGGACCUGGCCACGGAUCGCGACAGCCCGGCCAACGGAGUGGGCGACGACUACAGCAUCGUCUCGGGCAACGUCGACGACAAGUUCCGUCUGCUCGUCACGGGCAGCGCAGCGGCCAACGCGGAUAACGUCGAGUCCGUAGACGCCGCCGCAGCCACCUAUCUGCACCUCGAGACCACGGGCAAGCUGGAUCGCGAGCAGGUCGAGCACUACCAUCUGAACGUGUGCGCCCGGGAUCGCGGCCGACCGGCCCGCGUCGGCUGUCUCCAGGUCAACGUGACGGUGCUCGACGUCAACGACAACGCGCCCCAGUUCCAGCAGGCCGACUACGUGGCUCGGCUCAACGAGAGCGCCCCCGUGGGCUCGCACGUGCUCCGCGUACACGCCACCGACCGGGACGCAGGAGACAACGCCCGACUGACCUACUACCUGCCGGACAGCGAGAGGCGUCAGUUCCAGAUCGACGCGGACACGGGCGAGAUCACGACGGCCGAGGCGCCGCUCGACUGUCCGCAGCGCCCGAGUCCCUGCGCUCAACAGGGUCGGGCCAACGGCGGCUGCCCCAAGAGCUGCGUCAUCACCGUGUUCGCCCGUGACCAGGGCUCGCCCUCGCAGCACAGUCGGGCCUACGUCACGGUGCAGCUGCUCGACGCCAACGAUCACGAUCCGCGCAUCAAUUUCACCUACGUGCCGAGGACGGCGGGCUUCGCCACCGUCGACGAGAACGCGGCGCAGGACUCGAUCGUCGCUGCGGUCAGUAUCGAGGAUCCGGACGAGGGCGCCAACGGCGAGGUGCGCGUCGAGAUCCUGGCCGGCAACGAGCUCGGCCACUUUCAGCUCGUGGAGAGCAGCGAGACUCUGUACAUCGUGCAGGUGCGCGGCCGGCUCGAUCGCGAGGAGAUCUCCACGUACAAUCUGUCGAUCCUGGCGCAGGAUCGGGGCCAGCCGCCUCGCUCGAGCGUGGCCCAUCUGGUGAUCCACGUGAACGACGUGAACGAUCACGAGCCCGUCUUCCAGCAGACCGAGUACUCGUGCGUGCUGUCGGAGCUGGCGCCGGUGGGCAGCUUCGUGGCGAGCAUCGUCGCCACCGACGCCGACACGGGCCUCAACGCCAAGAUCUUCUACGACUUCGCGGCGGGCAACGAGCAGGCCUGGUUCGCCAUCGACAAGAACACGGGCCUCGUCACGACCCGGGCCAGUCUCGAUCGCGAGGUGCGCGGCAGCAUCGAGCUCAAGGUCGCCGCCCGGGACGGCGGGCCCAAUCCGAAAUUUGCCUCGUCGCAUCUGCGAGUGACCAUCCUGGACGAAAACGACGAGGCGCCCGAGUUCGUGCACCCGGUGGUGCGGGUCACCCUGUCCGAGGCCACGCCGGCCAAUCGUCUGGUGGCGACCCUCUCGGCCAUCGACAACGACCAGGGCACCAACGGCAGCGUCGCCUACAGUCUGCACCCGGCCACCCAGCGCGACUAUCCCAAGCAGUUCUCGCUGGAUCAGCUGACGGGCCAGCUGUGGACGAGGCAGUCGCUCGAUCGCGAGAAGAUCGAGGACUACCGGAUCCUCGUGAUCGCCCGGGAUCAGGGCCAGCCGCCCCAGAGCUCCACCGCCACCGUGCUGCUGAGCCUCGAGGACGUCAACGACAACGCCCCGGCCUUCUAUCCGACCAGCUACUUCUUCCCGAUCGCCCAGGACGUGGGUAGGGGUGCGAGCGUCGGCAAGGUGCACGCCAGCGACCCGGACGCCAAGGAGAACGCGCAGAUCCGCUACGUGCUCGAGUCGGGCGGCGACGGUUUCUUCGCCGUCGACGAGCGCACCGGCGAGAUAUUCCUGCAGAACUCGCUCAAGAAGUCGAGCAAGGACAUCUUUCAGCUCGUGGUGUCGGCCAAGGAUCUGGGCGACAAGCAGGCCCAGCGCAACGCCCUGGUCGAGAUAGCGCGCCGCGACAAGCUCAAGUACGUCGAUUUCAAGAUGCCCAACGGCUACCAGUUCAAGAUCGCCGAGAACCCCGAGGAGUGCUCGGAGAACGGCCUGGUGGCCGAGCGCGAGCUCGGCAACGUGCAGCUGGUGCAGUCACCGCACGACGGCUCGAAAGUCAGCUACACCAUAGUCCAGGGCGAUCCACGCGGUCGAUUCAAGAUCAACGAGUUCACCGGCACCAUCGGCACGGCGGGCUGUCUGGAUCGCGAGGAGCAGGCGCACUACGGUCUGCAAGUGUUCGCCCGGGCCGGCCUGGCUCACGGCCUGACGAGCGUCAACGUCACGGUGCUCGACGUCAACGACAACGCGCCCGAAUUUCCCAGCCCCGAGGACGAGGUGCUGCUCAAGGAGAACGCCGCCGUCGGCCAGGAGGUCUGUCUGGCUCGUGCUCGCGAUCGCGACGCCGGGGCUAACGCGCGAAUCACCUACGCGCUCACCCAGAACCCGGCGGAGCAGUUUCGCAUCGCCGACGCAACCGGCGUCGUCUACCUGGCCAAGCCACUGAAGCAACGCUCGGCCGGCACCGUAUUCAAUCUCGAGGUCACGGCGACGGACGCGGGUCAGCCCCAGCAGCUGCAGGCCCGACAGCGUAUACGAGUCCUCGUCGAGGACGUGAACGAUCACACGCCCGUGUUCGACCUCGACGGCUACGAGACCUCGAUCGCCGAGACGACCCCCGUGAACGAGCGAUUCUUCGGGCUCGCGGCCCAGGACGCCGACUCGGGCGCCAACGGACGCGUCUACUAUCACAUCAGCGGCGGCAACGUCGAGGGUCGCUUCGGCAUAUUUCCCGACGGCCAACUCUACGUGAAAAAUCCGCUAGAUCACGAGGAGCAGAAUUACUACGCGCUCGAGGUUACGGCCAGUGAUCAGGGCACGCCUCAGAGACGCAGCUCUAGCGUGCCCGUGGUCGUGCACGUGCUGGACGAGAACGACAACGCGCCCCAGUUCGCCAACUCGAGCUUCUCGUUCCGCCUGCUGGAGAAUCAGCCCGAGGACACGUUCGUGGGCAAGCUGCUGGCCUCGGAUCGCGACUCCGAUCGCAACGCCGAACUCACUUACUCUCUCGCCCCGGGUCAGCAAGACUUCCAGGUCGAUCCACGCACCGGCUUCGUCAGGUCGCUGCGAUCCUUCGACCGGGAGAAGCUGCAGUCCACGGGCGGCGGGGGCAGCGUGAUCGCGUUCGAGGCCAGCGUGGAGGACAACGGCGCCGAGGUGAGACUGCGCGACCGGGUCCAGGUGCAGGUGCAGAUAAUCGACGUCAACGACAACGCGCCCCAAUUCAAGCGGUUGCCCUACAAGGUUCAGGCGAGCGAGGCCACGGCACCGGGCACGCAGCUGGUGCGCGUCUACACGAGCGACGCGGACGAGGGCCUCAACGGCGACGUCUACUACUCGCUGCUGAACGACGACGAGGGUAGAUUCAGCAUCGACGAGGCCACCGGACAGAUCAGUCUGGCUCGGGCCCUGGAUCGCGAGCAGCGCGACAGCUAUCAGCUCACCGUCGUCGCUCAGGACGCCGCGCCCGUGCCGAGUCAGAGGCUCAGCUCCAGUGCCCUCGUGCACAUCGACGUGCUCGACGAGAACGACAAUCAGCCGCAAUUCAUCGAUACCAAAGCCUCGAUUUCGGUACCCGAGAACGCCCCGAUCAACGUCGAGCUGCUGCGUUUCCGAGCCCGAGACGCCGAUCUCGGCGCCAACGGCGAGCUCUCGUUCGCCAUCACGGGCGGCAACAGACGCGACGCCUUCCACUUGGACUCGGCCACGGGCUCCCUCUAUCUGCGCAGGCCGCUCGAUUACGAGGAGCUCAAGGUCUACUAUCUGAACGUGACGUGCAGCGACGCGGGCCACCCGCGGCUCAGCUCCAGCGUCACCCUCGAGGUCGCGGUGAUCGACGUGAACGACAACGCGCCCGUCUUCCCGAACACGGCCAUCGUCCGGCAGAUCGUCGAGGGCAUACCGGUGCAUCGUCCCGUGGUCACGGUCACCGCCGAGGAUCCGGACUCGGGCGACAACGGCGUCGUCACCUACGCCAUCGGCCAUCAAGAGCCCGAGGAUCAGCAGCGUCGAUUCGGCAUCAAUCCGACCAGUGGAGUGAUUCACACGCUGCUGCCGAUCGAUCGCGAGGAGAUCGACACGUUCAAGCUGACGAUCGUAGCCACGGACUCGGCCAGACCUCCGCAGACUCGAUUGUCCACGGAGAAACUCGUCAUAGUGAUCGUCACCGAUAUCAACGACAACGCGCCGACCUUCUACAGCAUGUCCGCGGCUGUAUUGCCGAUCCGAAGCGGCCAAGACGCUCUUCUUCCCGGAAAAGAGAUGCAGGUGGCGAAGCUCGAGGCUCGCGACCCGGACUCGAACAGCAACGGCCUGGUCACCUACGAGCUGCUGCGCCAGCCCAAAGACACACCGGAGGCUAAUUACAGCAGCGACCUGUUUCGCGUCGAUCGCAACAGCGGCGCCCUCAUGCUCACGAUGACGAGCAGCCACCAAAACUUAUUCGAUCGCGUGUCUAAACUGCGCGUCGGGAUACGCGCCACCGACGAGGCCGUCCAGUCGGAGCGUCGCUCGAGCGAGACCCAGCUCACCCUGAUCAUGCCGGGCGAGGGCGACGACUCGCCGAUCUGGGAGCACGGCGGCCGUCUGGAGGGCAGCGUCCACGAGAACUCGCCCGUGGGCACGAGCGUGGUGCGUCUGAGGGCCCGUUCGCGACGCUCCAACGAGGAGCUCGAGUACUACGUGACCAACGUGACCGCGUACAGUAGCGGCAGUAGUGCGCGUCGCCAAGCCGAUCGACUGUUCGACGUGGAGGUGCGCAGCGGAGUGUUGUCCACGGCGGCGGUGCUGGACCGCGAGGCCGGCGUGGACUGGUACGAGGUCGAGGUCUACGCCAUUGUGGCGGCCGGAGGCAAGCCGAGCACCCUCUCCACCAAGGUGCGAGUCAACGUGCUGGACAAGAACGACGUGGCGCCCAGCUGGUCGUCCGGCGGCCCGUGGAGGUACGAGGUCUCGGAGGAGGCGCCGCCCGGCACUCUGAUAGCCCAGCUGCGGGCCGAGGACCCGGACAGCAUCGGCAGCGUCAAGUACAGCAUAGUCGAGCCACCGCCCGCGGCCAACGGCAACAACAACGGAGGCAGCGGCGGCGAUAGUCAAGACAAUCUCCUCCUCGAAGUCGGCAGCAGCAGCAGCAGAUCGUCGAGUCCGUUCAAGCUGGACGCCGGCACGGGUCAGCUGCGACUGGUCGAGGCGCUGGACCGCGAGGCCAAGGAUACCUACGUCCUCAGGGUGAGGGCCGACGACGGGCUACAGCACAGCGACUGCCAGCUCACCAUACUCGUACAAGACAGCAACGACAACGCGCCGAACUUCCAAGCCCAGGCCUACUCGUUCGACGUGGCGGAGAACGAGGCGCGCGGCGUCAAGGUCGGCCAGGUGCAGGCCCAGGACGCCGACGGGCCGGGCCCCAACAGCCAGAUCACCUACGCCCUCGUCUCGGACUGGGCCAACGACGUGUUCUCGCUGAAUCCGAGCACGGGCGUAUUCACCCUCACGGCCAGUCUCGAUUACGAGCAGGUGCAGCACUACAUCCUCGUGGUCCAAGCCACGGACUCGGGCAAUCCGGCCCUGUCGUCGACCGUCACGUGCUACUGCAACGUCGUCGACGUCAACGACAACGCGCCGUACUUCGAGGCCGGUCCGCGCAGCGCCGAGAUCGUCGAGAACGGCACGGCGGGUGCCGCGGUUCUGGCUCUGCGCGCCCUCGACGCCGACUCCGGACCCAAUGGCCGCGUCACCUACAGCAUCGUCAGCGGCGACGACGACGAGGAUUUCGGGAUCGCCGCCAACGGCACCCUCUACACGAGGCGACCCCUCGACAGAGAGUCCAAGACGGUGUACAAUUUGAUGGUGCAGGCGGCCGACAGUCCGAAAGCUCCGGCCAAAGCUCUGUCCACCAGUGUGCAAAUCACGAUAAAUGUGCUCGACAUCAACGACGAGUCGCCCCGAUUCGUCAGCAGCGAUCGCACCAGCAUCCCCGAGAACGCCGCGCCCAACUCGGUCGUGAUGAUCGUCAAGGCGCAGGAUCGCGACGAGGGUCGCAACGGCUACGUCGAGUACAGCCUCGAGGACGCCGCCGAUGCCAGUCCGCUACCCUUCAGUCUGGGCAGCGUCGACGGGGUGCUGCGCGUCUCCGGCCAGCUGGAUCGCGAGCUCCGGGCUAAUUACACCCUCAGGAUCCGAGCCAGGGAUCGCGGCGAGCCGAGUCGCUGGAGCCGACAGAGUCUGCUGGUGCUGGUGCUGGACGAGAACGACAACGCGCCGGUGUUCGACGCGAGGCCCUACUCGGUCAGCGUGGCCGAGAACGCGAGCAUCGGUGCCAGUGUACUGAAGGUGUCGGCGAGCGACCGCGACGAGGCAGGCAGCCCGUACGGCCGGGUGCGCUACAGCAUCGUCUCGGGCGAUCCGAAUCGCGACUUCGCCAUCAGCGAGGACUCGGGCGUGAUACGCGUGGCCAAGCGCCUCGACUACGAGCGUCAGGCGCGCUACCGACUCCAGCUGCGCGCCGAGGACUGCCCGGCGGAGCGCGAGGACGUCAAGUACGACCUCACCGAGCUCGUGGUCAAUCUGCUGGACGUCAACGACAACGCGCCCUGCUUCGUGGACUCGCCCUACCUGGCCCAGGUCAUGGAGAACCAGGUGCCGGCGCCGCUCGACGCGGCUGCAGCUGACGGUGGCUACGUGGCCCGUUUCGAGGCCCGAGACGCCGACGGCGAUCAAGUCAGCUACUACCUCAAGGAGGGCGACCCGAGCCUGUUUCGGCUCAACUCCAGCACGGGCGAGCUCGCGCUGCUGCGCAGCCUCGAUCGAGAGCUCAAGUCCGAGUACACGCUGACCCUGGUCGCCAUGGAUAGCGGUAAUCCACCGCUGACCGGCCAGGGUAGCGUGAAAAUCGUCGUGCUCGACGUGAACGAUCACCGGCCGGAAUUCGACCGGCGCGCCUAUCGGGCCCGCGUCACGGAAAAUCUACCGAGCGGUGCCUGGGUAGCUAAUCCUCGCGCGACCGACCAGGACCAGGGACUCAACGCCAAAAUCCGUUACAGUUUGCACGGCGACAAAUCCGAGAGAUUCACGGUGAACUCGACGAGCGGCGAGAUACUCACGGCCACGAAGCUGGACCGCGAGGAGACGCCGGUCUAUCAUCUGACGAUGGUCGCGCAGGAUCUCAAUCCCACGGAUCCGCAGGCGUCGGCCGUCAACGUCACCGUGGAGGUCGUCGAUCUCAACGACAACACGCCGAGAUUCGCCAGUCCCAAAUUCAUCACCUACAUUCCCGACUCUACCGGCAAAGACGACUUCGUGUUCGGAGCCAAGGCCUGGGACGCGGACACGGGCGAGAACGCCCGCAUCACCUAUCGUCUGUACGGCCGCGACGCCGCGCGCUUCCGCAUCGACCCGCGCACCGGCGUCGUCCGGGCCAACGAGCGACUGCGCGCCAGCGCCCAGAAUCCCUAUCAGCUGCAGAUCGAGGCCGCCGACGGUGGCUACGAGUCGCGCCUGGCCACGGCCGAUCUCGCGGUCCACCUCUGGGAGCGUCAGCUCUUCCCGAGCUUCCGCCAGCAGCAGAGCCAGUCGCAGUCGCAGACCAAGUUCAAUCUGAGGGAGGACGCGCCGAUCGGUGAGCUGCUGACCACGCUGGCGGCGAGCUCGCCCAAGAGCGCACCGGCCAACGAGCUGACCUACGCCAUGGCCGGUGGCAACGUGGGCGACGCUCUGAGGGUCGAUCCGCGCACCGGCGAGCUCUUCACCGCGGGCCACUUCGACUACGAGACUCUGCCGCACUACGAGGCCUGGGUGGAGGCUCGCGACUCGGGCAAUCCGUCGCUGGCCAGCUACGUGCAGCUGUCCGUCAACGUGUCGGACGCAAACGACAACGCGCCCCAGAUCGAGCAUAGCAUCUACAACGCCAGCAUCGUCGAGGAGCAGUACCCGCCCCAGUUCGUCGCCAAGAUCCAGGCCCACGACGCCGACUCCGGCGACAACGGUAGAGUCACCUAUCAUCUGGUCGACGAUUUCUCGGCGACCUUCAUGAUCGACGAGUACAGCGGCAUCGUCAGCACGGCCGACAAGCUCGAUCGCGAGGACAUCUCCGCGUACGAGCUGAUCGUGGUGGCUCGCGACAGAGGCCAGCCACAGCAGCUCUCGAGCACGGCCACGAUUUUAGUGACGAUUCUCGACAAGAACGACAAUCCGCCGGUGUUUACGCGCCUGUUCAGCUGCAACGUCACGGAAAAUGCCGAGAUCGGCAGCUUCGUCACUCAGCUGACGAGCUCCGAUCGAGACACCGAAGAGUAUGCCAGAGCCACCUACAGCAUCAUCGAGAAUCCGGGCAACAAGUUCGCCAUUGAUCCCGUGAGUGGCAACGUCACCGUCGCUGGUCACCUGGAUCGCGAACUGCAGGAUGAGUACUUCCUCAAAGUGGCAGUGACCGACGGUGCUUGGGCGCCCCAAACCACCCUCACCAUCAACGUUCAAGAUCAGAAUGACAACGCACCCGAAUUCGAACAGUCAACUUAUUUGUUCCACUUUCCCGAGCUCGAAGGCAGAAUGUCGCACGUAGGCCAGCUCGUGGCUCAGGAUCGCGACAAGCAGGGACCGAAUUCCGCCGUCACCUACAGUCUGCUCAGACCCUCGGACUUCUUUACCGUAGAUCCAGCCACCGGUGACAUCUACAGCAAGCAGACCCUCAGUUAUAAGAGGCACUCGAACCUGGCUGGAGGCGGCGGCAACUCCGAGGAGAAUCUCUAUUUGUUCUGGGUCGUAGCCGCGGACAACGGCAAGCCACCCUUUUCCACCAAGGCACUCGUGCACGUGGCCAUCACCGACGCCAACAAUCACGCGCCCAAAUUCGAGCACGAGAGCUACCUGUGGCCCGUGCCCGAGGGCUUCCGGGAGUACAAGAAGCUCGCCCAGGUGGUGGCGCGCGACGACCUCGACCAGGACAUCAACGCCGAGAUCGAGUACUCGACGGUCGGCGGCAACGGCAGCGACUACUUCUACAUCGAUCACAAGGCCGGCUGGAUCUACAUCAAGCGCAGCCUCGAGGACUUUGUGAUCGGCAGCGAGUUCGUGCUGACGGUGCGCGCCACCGACAAAGGCGUGCCACCGCUCACGGACCAGACCAACGUCACCCUCGUCGUCUGCGGCGAGAAUCGGCACACGCCCGAGUUCGCCGCUGUGAGCUACCAGGUGCGCGUGCCCGAGAGCGAGCCCGUGAACACGACGAUACUGACGGUGUCGGCGCAGGACGCCGACGCCCACGGGCCCAACGGCAUGGUGCGCUACGAGAUCUCGGCCGGCAACGAGAACCACGAGUUCUCCGUCAACUCGGUCAGCGGCGCCAUCGCCAUUCUCAAGCCCCUGGACUACGACUCGGUGCAGGAGUACAGGCUCAACAUCACCGCGCGCGAUCUCGGCUAUCAGGCCAGGUACGCCUUCGCCACCCUCACCAUCAACGUGUCGGACGUGAACGACAAUCCGCCGAGCUUCGAUCGCGCCCUGUACGAGGCCGAGGUGCCGGAGAACUCGCCGGCCGACACGUCGGUCUACAGGGUUCAGGCUACCGACAAGGACUCGGCCAAGUACGCCGUGGUGCGCUACCACAUCCUCGGAGGCACGGGCAAGAAUCAGUUCUCCAUCGAGGCCGACACCGGUAUCAUCCGAUCCAAGGCGAGCUUCGACUACGAGGAGCAGAGCGAGUACCAGCUCGACAUCGUCGCCUCGAAUCCGGACUCCUCGCCACCCAUGCACGGCUUCUGCAGCGUCCUGGUGCGCGUCACCGGCGUCAACGAGUACUAUCCGCAAUUCGUCAGGCCGGUCUUUCACAUGGACGUGUCCGAGUCGGCGGAGAUCGGCAGCUCGAUCGGCGCCAUACAGGCGACCGAUCGCGACGCGGGCGACGACGGCAAGGUCUACUAUCUGUUCGUCGGCUCGUCCAACGAUCGUGGCUUCGCCAUCGGCCCGGAGACCGGAGUAAUAAGCGUGGCUCGACGCCUCGAUCGCGAGACUCAGAAUCGCGCCGUGCUCACGGUCAUGGCCAAGAACGCCGGUAGCAUUCGAGGCAACGACACCGACGAGGCCCAAGUCGUCGUGUCCAUCCAGGACGGCAACGAUCCGCCCGAGUUUCUCAAGCAGCGCUACGAGGCCAGCGUCAGCGAGGGCGAGCACGUGGGAGCCGGUGUGCUCACCGUGCGCGCCGUCGACAAGGACGUGCGCCCGCAGAACAAUCAGUUCUCGUACUCGAUCAUCGCCGGCAAUCAGGACCAGGCCUUCAAGAUCGAUCCGCAGUCGGGCGACAUCGAGACCGCCAAGAUGCUGGAUCGCGAGACCAUCGCCAGCUACGAACUCGUCGUCGGGGCCAUCGACACGGGCGUGCCGCCGCAAACGGGCAGCACCACCGUCGUGAUCCAGGUGAGCGACAUCAACGACAACGGGCCGAUCUUCGAGUCGGCCGACGAGCUCGUCGGUUACGUGAACGAGAACGAGCCUGCGGGUACCACGAUCAUGACUCUCGGUGCCAAGGAUCGCGACCUGCCACCCAACGGGGCUCCGUUCAGCUAUAGAAUCGUCGGUGGCAAGCACAUGGACGCCGUAAGCCUUGACAAGCACUCGGGAGUACUGAGAACCACGAGGACUUUGGACAGAGAGCUCGUGUCCCAGCUCAAUCUCUUGAUCCAAGUGGAAGAUUCCGGCAAUCCGCGCCAGACCAGCGAGCACACGGUGCUCGUGCACGUGCUCGAUCAGAACGACAGCCCGUCGCAGCCGCGCACCGUUCGCCUGCUGGUUCACGCGCUCGAAGGUCAGAAAUCGCUCGGUCGCAUCGGCGACGUGCGACCCAACGAUCCCGACACCAGCGGCGAUUAUUCCUGCAAGAUCCUUCAAUCGACCACGACGACAAAGUCCACGAAGACGACGACGAACGGCGUACCUCUGACCAUAGCCACGGGUAGCUGCUCGCUGCACGCCGCCAAAAUUACUCCCGGCAUCGAGUACUCGCUCAGCGUGUCCGGCAACGACGGACGUCACGCCGAUGUCGUAUCCAAAGUCACCGUGGACUUCGUCGCCCUGACCAACGCCACCAUCGACAACACGGUAGUGCUGUUGAUCUCGCGCAUUCGCGCCGCCGAUUUUCUCGGCCGCUACUACCGAUCGCUCGUCGAUCUGUGCCAGAGCGAUCUGGGUCUGGCCGAGCGCCUCGACAUCUACAGCAUCGACGAAAAAGACAAGCACAUCGAGAUCUAUCUGGCCAUAUCGACGGGCCAAGCCGGCCAGUACAAGGCCAAGCAGGAGGUGAAGGAGUUUUUGCAGCGCAAGCGACGACAGAUCGAGACCCUGAUUGAAGGAACGCAACUGACCAUCGGCUACUCGCCCUGCGACGAAGGUAGCAGCAAUGGCUGCGACAACGGAGCCGUCUGCAGCGAGAAGCUUGUGGUGCACGACGAGCCACGUGUCAUGGACAGUCCUGGCCUUAUUCUCACCUCGCCGAGGAUCGUCUACGAGGCCGUGUGCAAAUGCCGAGAAGGAUUCACAGGCGAUCGCUGCGAGAAAAAGCAAGACCCCUGUUCGCCAAAUCCCUGCCGUUCCGUCGGUCAGUGUCGCCGUAUCGGCUACGACUUCCACUGCGUCUGUCCGGCGAAUCGCGAGGGUCGUUUCUGCGAGCUCGAGCGAGGCGAUCCCUGCUCCAGCUCGCCCUGUCGCAACGGCGGCUCCUGCAAGGAGAGCCCCGACGGUCUUAGCUUCUUCUGCCUCUGCAAAGCUGGAUAUCGUGGCAAUCAUUGCGAGCUUCUAACCGACGCUUGCCGCCCAAAUCCAUGCCUGCACGGUGGGCUCUGCGUCAACGAAAAGCCGGGCUAUAGGUGCAGCUGUCCCGAAGGUCGCUACGGUCGCCACUGCGAGCGUUCGACCUUUGGCUUCGACGAGCUCUCCUACAUGACAUUCCCGGCUCUCGACCCGAACAUCAACGACAUCUCCAUCGUGUUCUCGACCACCAAGCCCAACGCCUUGCUGCUGUACAAUUACGGACCGCAGACGGGCGGACGCUCGGAUUUCGUCGUGCUGGAGCUCGUCGAGGGCAGGCUCGUGUUCUCGUGCGGCGGUGCUCGCAGCGCCAUCACCUCGCUCACCAUCAGAUCCGAGCGCUCGCUGGCCGACGGGGGCUGGCGCAAAGUCAUCGCCACGCGCAACGGCCGAGUCAUCUCGCUGAGCGUGGCGCGCUGCAAGGACCACGGCGACCAGUGCGACGAGUGCCGACCCGGCGACGACACCUGCUACGUCGACGACGUCGGUCCCAUAGGCACCCUCAAUUUCGCCAACAAUCCGCUGCUGCUCGGCGGGCUGGCCAGUGCCGAUCCUGCCCUCGAACGACCGGGCCAGCUGCACUCGGACGAUCUCGUGGGCUGCGUGCACUCCGUGUCCAUCAACGGUCGCGCCCUCAAUCUGUCCAAGCCGCUGGCGUCUCGUCACGUCCGGGCCACCUGCUCGAGGCUGGAGAACGGCCCGUGCUCGCGAUCCAAUGCCCGCGAGCGCGAGAGCAUCUGCGGCCACGGCAAGUGCUACGACAAGUGGAAUCGGGCGGCCUGCCAGUGCGGACGCAGCACCGCGCCCAACUGCCAGGGUGCCCUGGAGCCGGUCAGCCUGACCGACGGCGCCUUCGUCGAGUACAAGGUCUCGGACAAGCAUCGCAGGAUGCAGCUGCUCGAGUAUCUGUACGGUGGCACGACCCUGUGGCACGGCGGACUCUCGUCCCAUUACCAGGAGGAGAGCCUCGUGCCGCUGAUCCCUGCACAGAGCCCGGCCAAGAGUCUUCACCUCAUGUUCCGCACCGUCAAGCCCGAUGGCGUGCUCAUCCACGCUAGCAGCAACAAGCACUACACUUCCAUCGAGCUGCGACAGGGUCAGAUCAGCUACUCGUCGCUGCUGGGCACGGCCUUGGUCAACAUGACCGGCUCGUACGAUGGCAGCCUGGCCGACGGUCGCUGGCAUAAUCUCACCGUCACGGCGCACCAGCGCAGCUUCAGGAUCUACGUGGACGGCCAACCGAGCGGCGAGGAGCUCGACACAGCGGGCAUCCACGAUUUUCUCGAUCCGUAUCUCAGUCAUCUGACGAUCGGUGGUUUAGUCAAGUCCGAUCAGUACCUAACGACAACUGCUACGACCUAUUACGAGGGCUGUCUCGCCAACGUCACGAUCAACGGCGAGAUCCAGCCGUUCAACGGCUCGGGCUCGAUCUUCCCCGAGGUCAUCUAUCACGGCAAGGUCCAGCUUGGCUGUCGCGGUGCGAUCGGCAUCAGUGCCGCUACGGCUGCGGAUCCGUUGAGCGUCGGCAUCACCCUCGUCAUCGUGUUCUUCAUCGUACUGCUCGUGGCGAUUCUUGCAAGCUUCGUCAUCUUCCGUCUGCGUCGUCAGAGCAAGGAGAAGUCAGCAGGCACCGUGAUGAACAAGAGCACCAACGCCAUCAUCACCGGCGGCAAUACCCACCUGGUGCAGACGUCGAGCGACAAUCUCGUCUCGCGCCACGAGAACACCUACAUAACCGACGGCCCGGAUCUGCGUCAUCUAGCCGGUCCGCCUGAGAUUCUCUCAAAAAAAUACAAGGAGCGCGAGCUCAACAACGUCGCAGCUGCGGCCGCGGCGGCAGCAGCAGCAGCAGCAGCCGCCGAGCAUCGUCCACCCCAGCGACCGGACAUAAUCGAGCGCGAGAUGUCGAAGCCCCUGCAGGCGCCGACGAGCCGAGGCGGGGACGAUCAUCAUCCCAUGCCCAUGCCGAUGAUCACGAGCGAGCCCGAGCACUACGACCUCGAGAAUGCCAGCUCGAUAGCUCCGAGCGACAUCGACAUCGUCUAUCAUUACAAGGGCUAUCGCGACGGCAUGCGCAAGUACAAGGCCUCGCAGCCGCCGCCCAUGAGCAGCGGCUAUCAUCAUCAGAAGCAGCAGUCGCAGUCGCAACAGCGACACGGCCCACCACCGGGCGCGUACACGCCGAGGUCCAUCGGAGCGGGGUCGGGGGUGGUCGGCGGCGUCUCGUCGCCAUCGACGCCCUCGUCCAAGAUGCUCCAGAGCACCCCGUUGGCCCGACUGUCACCCAGUAGCGAGAUGUCGUCCCAGCAGCCGCGCAUACUGACGCUGCACGACAUCAGCGGCAAGCCACUGCAGAGCGCCCUGCUGGCCACCACCUCGUCGUCGGGUGGCGUCGGCAAGGAGGGCAUCAAUUCCAACAGCGAGCGAAGCCUCAACUCGCCGAUCAUGAGUCAAUUGUCGGGCUCGACCAACAGCCGCAAGGCCCUGCAACAAUCGGGCGUCUGUAGCGAGUCCGCGGCGAUGAACGGCAACGUCGUGGCCUCCGGUCCAAUGGGCCUAACCGCCGAGGAAGUGGAGCGACUCAACUCCAGGCCGAGAAAUUCCAGCCUCGUGUCGACCCUCGACGCCGUGAGCUCGUCCAGCGAGGCCCGGGGACCGCAUCACCACGGCCACGGACCGCUGACGCAUCUGCACCGUAGCCGACACAGUCCGCUGCCCGAGCGACUGAAGCGCAGAGCCUCGUCGACCACCGACGAGAGCGGUCACGACAGCUUCACCUGCUCCGAGAUCGAGUACGACAACAGCUCGCUCGUCGACAAGCGAUCGGACAACAUCUACAGUAAGCCCAACGACGACGAUGACGACGACGACGACGAUGACGAUGACGUCGUGCCCACGAGGGCCGGCGCCAAGAUGUCACCGAGCUCGAAGCCACCGCCACUGCCGCCACCGAACUGCGUGAGCAGCUACGACGGCUUCGACAGCUCGUUUCGGGGCUCGCUCAGCACCCUCGUCGCCUCGGACGACGACAUGUCCACCCACGUGGGCCUGUACCGAGGCUCGGCCUCGGCCGCGGAACCUCAGUCUCAGACCGCUGCCAACAACAACACGGCCCUGAGCUGGGAUUAUCUGCUGAAUUGGGGGCCGAACUUCGAAAGCCUCGUGGGCGUGUUCAUCGACAUCGCCGAGCUGCCCGACGGCUCCAGUCGAUUACCGAGCGGCCUCAGACUUCCUGGCAACGUCAGCAAACAGUCAGAGGAGUACGUUUGA